GGUAACGUUAUAAUAUAACCCAACAAUGUCUAAAAUCAAUUAGGCGUUCCUUCUUCUCUUUGAUGAAAAGAAAAAAGGUUAGCAAAAUUAUGAAAACUCUUACCUUAAUUCUCACGUUCUCCCUAAUUGUUUUAUCGCAUGCAACACCAACAUUUCUAAGUCGGAUUAAACCUCAAAUGAAGCAAUCUUCUGCGCUUGACGAUGCUCAACUACAACCACAAAAUUUGGAUAAAUUGAAUUGCAACUACAGAGUUUCUAUAAAGACAAGUUGCCUUUCUCCAUUUAUUACAUAUGACAGGAUUACUCUUGUAUUUGGAAAUGUUACACGCUAUCAGACGGUUUAUAUUAAUAGUAUGGGUGGUAUUAGGUUGGAGCGGUGCCUGACAGAUGUAGUGAUCAUAGAGGGACCUUGUCAAGACAAAAUCUGCAAAAUGACGAUAUUUAGAAGUGGAUCAGUGUAUAAUUAUGAUAGUUGGAUAGUAGAGUAUGUGACCGUAGAGGACUAUAAGAACCCUCCUAUCACAUUUUACUACGAACCUAAUUAUAUUAUUCCUGAUGAUGGUGUUGGAUAUGGCCCCGACUAUUGUCAUGGAGAUUAGUGUUAAUUACAUUCCUAAAAUAAUACUAUAUAUGGACUCUUUAUGUCUUCUUUUUUUUUUUUUUUUUUUUUUUUUAUAAUAAAGAUAAGCUUAUUGUAUUUUAUAAAAAUUAAAACCAACAUAAUAUGUAUGGAAGUUAGUCUUGAAAUAAGGUUGCUUCUAAUAAGUGUUUUAUAUAGUUUAAAUAUUCAAUGUAACAAAUUUUGGUGAAACAUUAAUAAAUUAUAGAGCAAAUAGUCAUUUUUAGUCUUUAAAAA